AAAACAACUAUUAGGUUGAAUUGGGACAACCUGCCUGAAAGGGAAAGAAAAACUUGUUUUCUCUGAAAGCUGUUGCACUUGAUUAAAAACAUCUUGAGAUGACAGGACGCGACCAAUUGUAAUUCUUCAAUUACCAUCCUCUUCUCUUCGCUGUGUUGACAAAAAAUGAGCAACUCGGAUCUCUGAGCAGAUUUCUUCAACGAUACCAUAUAAUGUCCUGACACAGUGAUAUUUGUUUCAAUGUGGCAACGUAUCGUAUUUUAUUUUUCCUUAUUAGCAUUCAUGGAUUCUGCAAUUGAAAAGCACUGUUCAGAGCUUGUAGCCCGUGAGCGAAGCGGUCAUACGGCUCUAACUGAGAGAAAUGUCCUGUACGUGUGGGGAGGCUACGUGGUAAGCAGAGACUGUCAAACAGAAAGCCUACCUGGCUGCAACUGUCUUGACAAGCAUUGCCAAUGACUAGUGUUAUCUUUCAUUUAUGUUUUGCAUUUCACCAACAUUCUAUUUGGAUCAUGAAUAAAUAUUCAAGGAUUAUGCAAUAUGUUGAUUGAUGCCAAAUUACUAUUCUAUGUUACUUGUUUUCUGCAGUCAAUUGCUGAUGAUGAAGUUUUCCUACCUAAUGAUGAAAUCUGGUUAUAUGACUUAGAAAGAGGUGUAUGGGAAAUGUGCAGGAUGUCAGGUGAGGUCCCGCCCCCCAUGUCAGGCACCUGUGGCUGCUGUCUGAAUGGAGACAUGUACAUAUUUGGGGGAUGCGAUGACAACGGCCAGACCAACCAGCUUUACUGUGUCAAUCUUCUGGAUGGAAUAUACACUUGGAGGAAAGUUAACCAUAAGAGUGGCUCCCCUCCCUCACCCAGAGAUAAGCUCUCUUGCUGGGUUUUCAAUGGCAGGCUCAUCUACUUUGGUGGAUAUGGUCAUAAGCAACUUGAUGACAUCAAUAACAACAGAAGCUUCCUUAUGGAUGAGGUGUCAUGGGUGGAUGACAUCUAUUGGGGAUGGAACAAUGAAGUCCAUAUGUUUGACCCAACAUCGGCCAGUUGGAGUGAACCACAUACCAGUGGUUGUGACCCUGACCCGAGAGCUGCCCAUGCCAGUGUAACACUUUGCCACAAAGGAUAUGUAUGUGGGGGCAGAAUAAGGGAAACCAGGACAAGUGACAUUUAUUGUCUAGAUCUAGAAUCAUGGACAUGGUACGAAAUAGUACCAGCAUCCAAUGUUCCAAUGGGAAGGUCGUGGCAUACCCUCACUGCAAUAUCUGACAGCGGUUUGUUUCUAUUUGGAGGACUGAGUAUAGACUGCAAACCAAUGAGCGAUGGCUGGGUAUUUGAUGUUGGGACGAAGAAAUGGAGAGAGUUUGAGCAUCCAUACAUGAACAAACCAAGGUUGUGGCACACAGCAUGCCAAGGGAAAGACUCUGAUGUCAUUGUGUUUGGGGGUAGUUGCAACUACAUCCUUCGAGUAGACACAGGUCACUGCAAUGAUGCACAUGUUUUCCAGACCCAGCCCUACCCACUCUUUCGGAUAUGUGAGGAUUACAUAGCCAAGAAUGUGAAGAACUGCAAGAUGCUUGAAAAACAGCUUCCAUUUGUGCCCCCAAAACUACUGCCAGCUGUACAGAAGAUAAUAUAAUUUUUUCGGACAACAAAGAAAAUAUAGCAUUGUCAGAUAUAAAUAUUUAGGGAAAUGUUCAGUAUUAUAAACUAGGGGGUUUGAGUCCUGAAUGCUCAUUGGCUGACAGCCAUGGUAUAUCAGACUGUAUACCACAUGUAUGACAAAACAUUUAUUUUUACUAAUUACGUUGGUAACCAGUUUAUAAUAGCAAUAAAGCACCUCUGAGGUUGGUGGUGUA